GAACUCUUAACCAACAAAGUAUGAGAUUUCAUGGUAAAUAAUACUGUAAUUUCAAUGACAGAUAAAGUGGAUAUUUAACCUUUAUUAACUGUUUAAACCAAAUGUAAUAUGAAUACUAUUUUGACUGUGGGCAUCUAAUUUGAAGAUCCUAUGAUUAUAGUGUGAAAUAAACAGGCGAAGGAAAAAUCCCUGGAAAGCUAGCUAUCUUAAUGAGACAACGAUAACAUUCUGGACAUACUAACCUCGAUUUAAAGACGAUAUACCAUAAUGGUUGUAAAUAUACCAGGUGUGGUUGGUAUUGUUGUUUUCUACAUCAUCAUUGUGAUUAUUGGUUUACUGGCGGGAAGGAAGAACAAAAAGGGGGACACAAAUGAUUUAUUGGUAGCUGGUAGGAGUCUUGGUAUGUUUGUUGCCACAUUAACAACUGCUGCUACAAUGGUUGGAGGAGCAUACAUUAAUGGUACAGCAGAAUCAAUUGCUAGAGAUGGACUGUUCUGGACCAUUGGACCAAUUGGAUAUAACCUUUCAUUAUUUUUAGCUGCACUUGUAUACGUGCCAAAAGUAAGAGAAGCAGAAUAUACAACCAUAUUUGACCCAAUACAAGAAAAAUAUGGUAAUCGGACUGGUGGACUACUUUUCAUUCCGGAAUUAUUAGGAGAUUUAUUCUGGGAAGCAGCCAUUUUCAAUGCACUAGGAGCAACAGUUUCAAUAAUACUUGGAAUUGAAAUGUCCAUUGCCAUUAUAGUUUCAGCAUGUAUAGUUAUUGUCUAUACAUUUUUUGGUGGGUUAUACUCUGUGGCUUACACAGAUGUUAUUCAGAUGUUCUUUAUUAUCAUAGGACUAGUAAUUGCACUACCGUUUGCCUGGACAAAUCCAGCGGUAGAUUUCAGUAGAAUAAGUAAUACAUGGAAGGGAGAAAUAGAUAGUAAACAAAUUGGGAUAUAUAUUGAUACUUGCCUGCUAACAGUUGGUGGAUGUCUUACCUGGCAGGCGUUUUACCAACGAAUUUUAGCAUGUAAAUCUGUAAGCAUCGCUCGGAAUUCUGCGUUAUUGGGAGCCGGUAUUUCAGUGUUCAUGGCGAUACCGCCUGCUGCUAUUGGUGUUAUUGGUGCUGCCACUGAUUGGAACAUGACUUCGUAUCCACAAAAUUCAACAUUAUCUUACGAAGAUUGGGCGUUUAUAUUACCGAUGGUUAUGGAAUAUUUAUGUCCAUUGACAAUCUCGGUCAUAGGAUUCGGGGCAAUCAGCGCUGCAGUUAUGUCGUCUGCGGAUUCCAUUGUCUUGGCAACAGGCUCUGUAUUCAGCAGAAAUAUUUACCAAAACUGUUUUAGGCCUCAGGCAUCUGACAGAGAACUUACAUGGGUACUUCGUUUUAGUAUAGUAGUUGUAGGAACUCUUGGUGCUAUAAUUGCUAUAUCUGCCAACAGUAUUUAUGGAUUGUAUAUAUUGUGCGCUGAUGCCAUGUAUGUUGUUCAGUUUCCUGUUUUAACUUGUGCAUUGUGGGUACCAUUCGCAAAUACAUAUGGAGGAAUCAGUGGACUUGUUGUAGGAACCACAUUACGUGUAUUAGGAGGUGAACCAGUGUUGUCAUUUCCGGCUAUUAUUGAGUAUCCUGGGUAUAAUGAUAAACUAGGCCAGAUAUUUCCCUUCAAAACAUUUGCAAUGUUGUCGUGCACAUUUUCACUUCUUUCUAUAUCAUAUUUGACAGAGUAUUUGUUCACAAAAAGAAAAAUUUCAAAAAAGUUUGAUAUCUUCAACUGUUAUGGACCUAAAUCAAGUAAAUGUAAAAAUGAUGUAAGCGAUAUUGCAAUGACAGUUAAAACUGAAGAUGACGUCAAAAAUGAAACGGACAAAUUUUUGAACAAUUGAUAUAUUUUUAAAACAGAAUUAUAACAUAUUUUUUUUUUUAUAUAAAAACUUCCCUGGUGGCAUUAUAUAUACCAGGGUAACGGUAAAAUGACAAGACAUACUGUAAAAACAUUUCAUCGAAGUAACUGAUGAUAGGUCAAGUGCGAAUCCCAAAUGACUUUGUUUCAGUGCGUCCUUUUUAUAUCUCAUAGGAAUGGUGCAGGACUCGUAUAAAGUCCGAGGAUCAGGAAUAAUUUCUUAAAAAUUGAAACUAAAACUUUAUAAAUUUGGUGCAUGCGAAACUCUUUUCUAGAUUUACAGUCAUCAGGAUAGAUAAUAACUCAAAAUGUGAAAACCGGUAUGUAUAAAUACUUGGAUGAGCUAUAUGACUAAAAGUCACUGUGUCACUAUCAGAGUUUCAUUUUUUUAAAUAUAUUUGAUAUUUGCUGAAAUAUAUUCAACUUAAAGAAGGUUUUAUUUUGGAAACAAUAUGCUAAAAAAAUAUUUACUCUUUUGUUGUAAAAACUCGGAAGUAUAGUGUCGAUGUCUUGAAUAUUAAUUUCAUAAAUAGUGCCGAAGUCAACAAUAUCUCUUCAUAAAUGGAACAUCGUAUCAAAAUCAUUACAUAAGCAACUGAACAAUAUGCCGUGAAUUAAUAAAUUGGCCGCACAACAAUUCAUUUCUUUGGUUUUUUUUAUCAUUUUUGUGAUGAAUUAUAUGUAAUGUGUUCACGUUUCACGUAUGCCAUCAAUCCCAUUGGGGUAUUCAUUUUUCAAUAAAGUUCAAUUAUUCUUA